GAUCCUGGCAAUCGCCUCGCGACCUAAUAAAAAACCUUAAAUCUCGAGUAUCCGCCGGUGGCUGAUUACCCGGCACACAAACCCUACCCUGAACCCGUACCCUCAUUGUACUACGAGACCCGCUGCUGACGCAACGCUGGCCGCUCGCCGCUUUUUGCUUGCUUCACCACCAUCAGCGCAGAUACGUUUAUCAUAUCAGACUUAUACUUCACACACAAUGAAGUUCUCCACACUGUUCACCGUCUCGGCCAUUACUGCCGCCGCUUCAGCUCAGCUUCUUGUUGGAAACCUGCGCUCAGACGUCUACCUCCCACAGGCCAACGACCCCGACGCCCUCAAGCCGUUCUACAAAAGCUCUGCGCUCGAGGCCAAGGCACAGGCCGCCCGCGCCGAGCGUGUGCUCGAUCAGAAACAGCUCGCGACGAAGAAGCAGCAGCACGUUCUCUACGGCGAGAUGCCGGAGGAGGAAGUGCACUCGGAGGGCCACGGCGUGCAGUUGCUGCUCACCGACGCCAUGGGCGUCAACCGCGAUAUCAGCAUCUUCGCCGGUCUCACCCGUCAGACCGAGAACCUCAUGUACCGACUACAAGACCCCGCGCUCGACACCUUAGUUCUUGCGCCUACCAACGGCGUCAUGCAGAAUCUUCCGCGUAAGCCGUGGGAGGAUGCGCCCGACGCCGAUCCGAUCUCGCCCAACGCCGGCCCUCACGGCGACGAGCGACGGGCGCUCGAGAACAUUGAGAAGUUCGUGCUCAGCCAUGUUGUAUUUGGCUACAGCUUCCAGCAGCCGGGCCACAAGUCCAAGUGCGGCAGCGGCCUCAGCGAUCUCUGGUACGAGAUUGCGGGCGAUAAGGUUACGGUCCACAGUGAUAAGAAGGCCGCGAACGUUGUCAAGAUGGAGAGAGUCGGGAAUGGUCAGGUUUGGACUAUUGAUGACGUCCUCAACUAAACUACUUCUGUUUAUUAUUUUUUAUCAAGUUUUUGUAUUGUGGUUAUAGUUUUGCUUUGAAUCAGUCAUGGUGAUUCUUUCUUUCUUUAAUUGCUGGAAUUAGGUUGGUGGGUACAAGGUGUUUUGAUCUGGAGU